AAUUCUACAUAUAUGACACCAUGUUACUGGAUGUUAGUGCCCACUGCUAUGAUGGGAAUGAUGACCACAGGUUUAAUCAUCCGUGAACUUUUGAGAGCUAAAGAGGAUCCAAAUGAGGAUCCAAAUGAGGAUCCAAGAAAUACACCACCCCAGUAUCAACCUAGUUAUGGAUUCAGUAAUGGUUACAAUAGAUAUCAAACUCUGAAUUAUGAACUGCCAGACAUGGGCUAUCAAACCCCUGCACAUAGCUAUUUUGCCCCUAAACCAACAAUUAAGUAUAACACAAAUAGCUAUCCAGGAUUAGUGGCGCCAUAUGAGACAAUUGAAGAUAGUUACAAGGCCCCAAGCCAUAUUUACAAUGCUCCAUUGACUACCUACGAACCUCCUAAAGGCAUGAAUAGCAUUGGCCUUAGUUUUAAACAAGGUGAACUCCAAUCCCCACCAGUUCCUAGAACGUUUUCUUCCUCUAAAGAUUAUUUCUUGGAUGACAUUGUGGAUAUCCCUAAUGCACCUUCCAAUGAAAACAAAAACUACCGAGGGAGCACAAUAUAUUACGACUUCCUUGAAGGAGAACCGUGCGACUACCAUGCAGACACCCGUUCUGAUAGAACACUUCUUUCUGACAACCAAAUAUUUAACAACUUUAAAGCACCACCACCAGAUUAUCAAGAAGGUAUCUACUCUGAAACUCCACUCCUAAGCUACCAAAGAGCAUCACCAUCUAAUGACCAAUUAGCUUUUUAUUCUGAUUUAACAUCAUCUGUCUACCCAGGAGAUAAUUACCUUAAAGCAUUGCCAUCAGAUUAUCAAGAAGGUAUCUACUCUGAAACUCCACUCCUAAGCUCCCAUAGAGCAUCACCCUCUUAUGACCAAUUAGCUUUUUAUUCUGAUUUUACAUCAUCUGUCUACCCAGGAGAUAAUUACCUUAAAGCAUCGCCAUCAGAUUAUCAAGAAGGUGUCUACUCUAAAAUUCCAAUCCCUGGCUACCAAAGAGGUGCUUCUCACCAUUCAGCUUCAUAUUCUGAUUUUACAUCAUCAGGCUAUGGAGCAGAUACAUACCUUACAGCAUCACCAUCAGGAUAUGAAACAGGCGCAAACUCUGAAAUUCCACUCCCCGGCUAUGCAGAUGCAUCAGGUUUCUUCUCUAAAAUUCCUCUCAAAGGCUAUAAAGUAGCAUCACCCUCUACUGACCAAUCAGCUUCAUAUUCUGAUUCUACAUCAUCUGGCUAUGGAGCAGAUAAAUACCUUAAAACAUCACUAUCAGAAUAUCAAGCAGGCGUAAACUCUGAAAUUCCACUCCCUGGCUAUGCAGAAGCACUACCCUCUAAUGACUAAUCAGCUUCAUAUUCUGAUUUUACAUUAUAUGGCAUGGAUCAGAUAAAAACCUUGAUGCAACACUUUAAGGAUAUGAAGCUGAUGUCAUCUCUGAAAUUUGACUCCACACGUACUAAAUAAUGUAAUAGUUAACAGGAAUCUCAUUUGUUCCAUAAAGAAAACAACGGUUCUCCCUGAAUAAUCAUUAUCCCUACAACAGUCACGAUUUUCCUUAAAGGGAGACACUGGCAUUGUAAUAUAUUUGAGCUGAAAGU